GGACUCUUAAAAUGUAACUUUCUCAAAGGAAACAGAGAAGAAAGUGACUUCUCAUUCCCUUCAUACCUUUUGCCAUCUUUCUCUCUAUCUCUUUCUCCCUCAAACUCUUUGCAACUGUUUUUUAUCCUCCCAACAAGAACAAAAAUUUAUUAGAAUAAAUAAGACUAUACUCCCUUUUCCUCCCCAAUAUAAGAUUAUCUCAGAUUCAUUCACAGUUCUCUCAUUCAUGGAGCUUUUCCCUUCACAACCUGACUUGAACUUGAAUAUCAGCAGAAGAAGGGAAGAACAAGAACAAGAACAAGUCGAAAGGAGAUUAGUGUACCAGAGUAAAGCCUCAGAUUCAGUCAGAAAGGAUUCUGGCCAUCUCAUCCACACUAUCAAAUUCAUUUCCAACUAUGAACCCACCAAGAUUUAUCAUAAUCAAGAACACAAUGAAUGUCAAGAUCAAGAUUCGAGAUCGAUUUUGAUGGUGAGCCAAAAUCAAACCCUUGACCACUACUACUACUCUCCCACUCCUCCUUUCUUAUUCAGUGAAGUCAACGGUCAACACUCAAACCCUAACUAUAGUCAUAAAUUUUACCUCCGUCACCGCCGUCAAGCUCAGCCGCAGCCGCAGAGAUUCACGGCGAAACGAGGAGUAAGGGCUCCGAGGAUGCGGUGGACGGCGACCCUCCAUGCCCAUUUCGUUCGUGCUGUUCAAUUAUUGGGUGGUCAUGAAAGAGCAACUCCAAAAUCAGUACUUGAACUGAUGGAUGUGCAAGACCUCACAUUGGCUCAUGUUAAGUCUCAUCUACAGAUGUAUCGAACCAUUAAAUCUACUGAGAAGCCUACAUCACCAGGGCAGUCGGAUACUUGUGAUGAUGGAGCACAAGUAAAGAGUGAGAGACAAGCCAGAGAUCUCCAAGGUCUAUGGAAUAACUCCUCAAGUGAAGCUCGGUUCCAUUUAAAGGCAAAUGCAUCAGGUCUAGACAUUUCAUACAAUAAGAAUGUGGAUCAAAGAUGUGCAAGCUAUGAACUAUUGUCGUCGGAUUCGUCAAGCCUCGCAUGGACAAGACCAGAGACUGAAACUCCCAAUCUCGAUUUCACUUUAGCUACACCAAACCUGCUUCCUCCCUGAUUUACUCUAUCUAUAAGAUAGUAAACAUAAGAACUGUUACAAAUAUCUCAAACUUCUUAAGUUAUAUGCUUUUUUUGUCUCAAAGACAAAGUUAUGCUGGCUUUAUGAAAAAUAUGAAAUGAAGUUUAUUUGUUCGAGUAAA